CUUUGAUCUCCUGGGGCGAAACGUCACGUCAGCCAACCCAACUCUCCCAACUCCCAAGUCCCGAGUGCAGCAUCUGGACAUCAAAGGCGCGAGACCCGCCUCGUCGCAACCAUGGGCCUAGUUGACUACUCAGACUCGGAAUCCGAUUCCGAAGAUGUGCAGCAUAAAAUCGCAUUGCCCACGACGACAUCGGCUUCGGCGGCGGCAACCAAAAAGCCAUUCCAAAAGCUGCUCGACCGCUCAUCGGGUUCUGGCAAGAUUGUCGUAAACCUUCCAGCAGCGAGCGCAAACUCCGACGCCGCCGCAGAUGAUGAUGGACAGCCGCCCGCGAAGCGAGUCAAGACCACAGGCGGAAGCAGAUUCAGCAGCCUUGGCUCGUUUCUGCCACCGCCAAAGAAGACGGGGGGCGCAGCAGCAGCUGCUGCAGGUGGAAAGAAAUUGGGUACUGCGCAUGCACCCGGGAUUCACCUGAGGACAGCCGCGGAACCAGCAUUUGUCAGAAGCGGCAACGGAACUACUGAGGACGGCCAUGGUGACGAUGAGACCUCGGCUUCGACUAUGGGAAUCAAGGGGCCGUCAAUACCCGAAGGGCAGAAGCCGGAAGAGGAGGUGAAGCUGGUGGGAAAACCGCUCAUGUUCAAGCCGCUGUCGGUGGCGAGGAAGAAGGCACCAGCGAAGAGCAAGAAAAAAGACAGCCCAACUACCACAGGCAACACAGCCGGCGGUAUGACCGCAGGCCAAACCGGCUCAAUCACAACGGCCACGACAACGACGGCAGCAGCGGAGACUGCUCCCAAUAUAGACCCGCCCAAGAAAAAGGUCCCCCUAUUCUCCAUGGGCGAUGCAGACGGCGACUCCUCGCCUUCCACCACAACCGCCCCACCCACCACAGGAAGCUACGAACCGCUCUUCACCGGCGCAAACGAACCAUCAGCUGCUGCCGCGGCUGACUUUGAAGAACAGGAAGAAAACGACGUAACGUCGGCUUAUCCGACCCAAGCCCUAUCGCUACCCCAGCCGGUCUCCGCAGCUCAACAACAUCAACAUCAAGACUCGCUAGCCUCCCUAGCGGACUCGCUCGACCUCAGCCCGGCCGCGCGGCGCGAGCUGUUUGGUCGAAAGGGGGCGAACAACAACAACACCAGUCUAUCCGGCGCGCUGCCGCCGAACGCCAAAGUGGUCACGUUUGACAUGGAGCAGGAGUACGCGCGCAACGAGGCGCUGCGCGCGUCGGGCGCGCAGCAGGCGUACAACCCGGUGCGGUCCAUCGCGCCGGGUAAGCACAGCCUGCGGCAGGUGGUCAACAUGGCGCAGAGCAACCAGAGCGCGCUCGAGGACAGUUUCGCGCGCGCCAAGGGGACCAAGCGGGACGCUGCGGGCCGGUAUGGCUGGAAGUAGAGCACUGUCGCUAUUCCAAUGUGAUAUACCGCGGUCCAGGCUGAUGGGAUUGAAUCCAGGUGAGGGUAAAUGGUAUCAUAUGAUGCAUAUUCAUUAUUCGUCUUUCCUU